AUGAGAGCCACUCAAGAAUUCUUCGAAUUCAAAGAAAAUCUCUUGACAUUUCUGGAUUUUAAAUGGUUGAAAACUUCAAAGCAAAAAGGAAAUCUCAACGCUCCUAGGAAGAGAACAAUUGAGAAUAAUGAGAGAUGGGGCAGUAUAAAGCACACCGUCGUGUUAUGUCACAAGCAAUUUAAACUGAGAAUGACAUUGUACUUUUACAUAUACGCUUAUUUAUUGGCAUAUGACCCUGAAAAUGAAAUUGCUAUUCGUGAGACAAUGCAAAUUAAGGAUGAGGCAUGUAGGGAGAAGAAAACGAAGAUGUCAAUAUGGGUCAAUGAUAUUUUGAGUGAUGGCAAUGAUUAG